UUCGGUAGCGGCUCAUACGUUACAUACGGCAGUGAUGAUAGAACUCAUCGUUGUUGGGGAAGAGCAGUUUUUCUGCUGUCAUCUAUCAGUGAAGUUGUGUUUUUGGUAUCGUCGUCGCGUUGUCGUUGCCUUUGCCUUAGCCAUCGCCUUCGCCGCCGUGUAAUUAUCUUUUUGUCCAUACGAUUGGGCUGGAUUUUAUUUUCGAUUUGUGUUUUAUGCUAAUGAUCGUUUCGGUGUUGAAAUAUAAUUUGUAAUAUAAUUUUAUUGCGUUUAGUUUUGUGAAAAAAAAAUCGCGUUUUCAUGUAAAGUGAGAACGAGAAGAAAGUUUAAAAAGUAUUGACCAACAGUGUUCGACGUUCGGAGUUUUGAAUGUUCGCGAAAAAUUCACAGCAGCAGCCACAAAAACAGCAAAAAUGUAUGUAAGUGCAGUGAGUGGUGUAUGGUGGGAGAGGAGCGUUAACUAGUUAAAAGUUACAAAGUGCAUUGACGUACAGCGAGUAGAAUGUGGCAUGCAUUUACAUGAAAUUUUACAUAUGCACACAUGCAUAUGUAUGUAUUUACAUAAGUACAUACACAAAAAUUUAUAUGCUUUGCAUACCGACUUACAUCAGUUCGCAUACCGUUUGUAAGCGGCGCCGUGAAAAGCAAAAAAAAAACGAGAUUCUCAACUCGCUCUUGUAACGACAGACGAAAAGUCUGCUUUCGAGACAGCUGCUAGCCUUAGCGCGUACAUACAUACAUAUGUGUGGCAAAUAAGUUGUGCCGUUUCGAUGUGAGGCUUGUGAAAAAACGCAAUUCAAUCGCUGUGAAUUCUACAAAAAAAUUUCCUUAACAAAUGCUCAAAUAAAAACACUGAAAAAAAAAACUUGCGAAAAAUCGAAUUUCGUUGCGUGGAAAAAGAAUUGUGUGUGUAUGAAUGACAACGAAAAUUAACCAACUCCCAACUUUCUUUCUUGACGUUUUCGCAAAUACAACAUUAGCAGCAGCGACAUCAACAACAAUUAAAAACACAGCUGCUUUAGCAUCAUCAUCGCCGCUUUUUCGUUUCCCUCCGCUGUAAAUUCAACGCUAAACGGCAACAUCGCUGCCGUUGCAUUUCAAUGAGGCCAGCAAUAGUAGCAGCGGCGCGGAGCCAUUCAGUCUGCACGUUUUCGUUAUCAGCCGGGAUUAAGGCUUAAGGAUUAAAGGUGCUUCAACUGCCUGUGUGUGUGUGUGCGUGCGGAGCAACUGGCGAAGGAAGCGCGCACAAGACGAAGGUGAAGCGGAAGAGCAAAGGUAGUAAAAAAAAACAAGUGGCAGUAGCAGCAUCUUCAGCAUAAACCGAGACUCAAACGCACAAUCCUACGCUUGCUUAACAUACAAGUGCAUACAUACAAACUUACAUAUUACCUGCUUUUGUGCAUGCGUUGCUUUAUUUUGCCUAAGUAGUCGGCUGUCAAGUAGCAGCCUGACAUAUUUGGGAUUUACAAGACUUCAGUCAAAUAUCAAACAUUGCUACAUACUUACAAACUCGUAUAUAUAGUAAAUAUGUACAUGCAUAUAUGCAACUUAGAAUAACUUACACAUGUGCUCCCGGUUACUAUUCCUACUGCGCCGCAACAUACUUUUAAGUGGAUAAUUUACUUUUCUUCUCAAAUCUAAAUAUAUGCAUAUAUGCAAGCGGAAGUUAGUUCGUGUUCGUGCCGUACGUAUGAGUAUGUUUGUAGCUGUGGCUAAAGCCGGCGUCUUUGCAAUGCUUGCAAAUCUCAACGCUUCCGGUUUCGGUGCGUUGCGAUAUUCAUGAGUAGCGAAAAAAGCAAGAAAGCGAGAAAGGGAAAACUUAUAUAAAGAAUUUUUAAGUUAAAGUCUCGCGAUGUUCCGCAUAAGUUUCGCAAAUAUUUAACCGCGCCUUCCGAAGUAAACUUAAAACAAUUCGGUUAAUCGCAAUCGGCGUCGCGCUCGCGUUCGCGCUCACAAAUGUCUGACGAAGUGCCUUCGGGGCGCUUAUCGCAAAUCUUCAACUCGCUCACCAAUCUCCAGCAGCAACAGCAACAAGCGCGCCGCGGCUCCGCCUCUUCAUCAUCGCCUUCGCCCGCCGAUUCGGGGCGCGCCACACCCGCGACCGCUGCCAACGUUAGCGCACAGCCAUUUGCCUUUCAUCAUCAACAUUUCAGCAAUCACGCGCAUGCUUACUAUGCGCGCGCGCAGGAUGGCAACGCUUAUUUGCAUACCUUCCCGGCGGCGGCGGCGACGCAAGCGCAUCAUCAUCAACAGCACUUGCAUCACAUGCAUGCGGCGGCGCAUUACUACGUACAACAGCAAACGCAUGCACAACAGUUACAGCAACAGCAAGUAUAUAGCGGCGCGCAGCAGCAAAUGUCGCUGCCGCCCAUGUACGCCUCACAGUCGCUGACCUCUUCGCCUUUGCUCACCAAGCGCGCCACUUCAUUUAGCGGUAAUAUACCGCUUGCGCGUCCGCAAUGUGAAAAUUUGGCGGCGAUGCGCAUCUCGGCGGCGACCGGUGCGGGCUCUGGUUCUAGUGGUAGUGGCGUCUCGCAGUCGACGCCUAAUAGUCCGCGACUAAUGCCGCGGCGCGCUCAACGGCCACCACCUAUACCGGCAAAGCCUAGUGUGGCAACGCUGCAGGGUGCAAACGCGAGCGGCUGUAGUGGCGCUGCGCCAGUCGCCAGCAAUAGUGGUGCUGUAUCAAAAAAAUCUGCCGCCAGUGGUGCCGAUCGCCCGGAGAAGAUGGACGUGUGCGCUGGCCAAACGUCUACCGCCGCCGCGCCUGUCAAUCCUGGCUUAGCCGCGCUGGAUACUGACGCGCCUUGGCCGCAUUUCUCUACGCUCACCGAACACUUGGACGUGCAUCAGGUGAACAACUACGCGCAACCGGUGCCCGAGAUCAACUGGCAAGAACGCUGUCUCGAACUUCAACUCGAAUUGCAUCGCUCUAAAAAUCAAGCUGGCCGCAUACGUGAUAUGCUGCGUGAAAAGUUAUCCGAGUUGGAGCAGCGUGUCAUUGAGGCGGAAGAACGCGCCGAGGAAGCGGAAGAUAAGGUGCGGGCUAUGGAACAGCGGCUGAGUGAAUGGCCCAAACCACCACAGUCAGCCACCAACUCGCCCAUCCAUCAAAGCCAACAACAGCAACUGCAACAGCAGCAACAACAAUCAGCGCUCGCCGCACAACAAACAGCUAGUCUUCCUACCCACGAAGCUGAGAAAACUAUAACCUCAUUGGAAAUACAAGUCGAGGAGCAGCGUCAAUUACGUCUACACGACGCGCGUCAAGUCGAAGCGAAGGCGGCCAAAAUCAAGGAGUGGGUCACCAAUAAACUACGUGAACUCGAGGAACAAAAUCAGCUGCUACGCGAACAGAAUGUCAAGUGUAAUCAACAGUUGGAAUUGCUAAAGAAUCACAUCGCCAAUCAAUCGAAUCGGCACAGCAUCAUCGGCCCACAUCCGGUGCGCAAUAGCCUAAGCUUGGAUGUGCAAGAGUUCGCCGAUACCGCAGAGGGACGACGGCGCAGCGAAAGCUUAGAUCCACAAGAGAUAAUCAAUCGGCCGUUAACCGCUUCCUAUCCACAUCAUCAGCAUCGACGCAAUCUCAGCAUGGAGCCGCAAGAGCUCGAGCGUAAUUUGGUCGCCGCUGUGGAUGGUUUAACACUCACGCCACUAGCGAGCAUCACCAAAUCAGCUACAACGCGGCCCGAUAGUUCCGACACCGACACUGCGCACGAUUAUGCGGAAAUCUAUACACCCUCAUGUGAGAAAUUGCCCGCCUGGAUGAAGAACAAUCCAGCAUUGAUGGCGAGCGGCGGCAAUUCGAGCACCACAACCACGACUAGCGGUGAUUUGGGCGUACCGCGUCCACCCACGCCACCACUGCAUCGCUUCCCCAGCUGGGAGGCGAAAAUCUAUCAAGUGGCCAACGAUGGGCUGACGGGUGUGAGUGAGGAGAGCUUAGCGCAGCACCAGCACCACCACCAUCAACAGCAGGACGCACACCACACGCAGACACAGCCACAGCCGCCACCCGAUAUACAAGAGUCCACGAGCGGCGCAGCAUCGGCAGGCAGCAAUAGCGCGUGUAAUACGCUAGCGAAUGGUGGCGGACAUGGGCGUGCUACGCCAGCGAACAAUGGCACUUUGGGUAGCGCGCGCAGCGGUGAUGGUGGUGGUGGUGUGGGUAGUGGCGCCCCCGGCACGCCGCAGCUGCCGACGCGUCAGCAGCAGACCGCAAGCGGAGGUUUCUGUGAUAUAUCGGUGCCCGUUUAUGCCACCGUCAAGGGGCGUGCUUCGCAAAUACGUUCCAUGCCCUUUACGGGCGACUCCAGCGAUGAUUCGAGCGAUGGCGAGGAUCAUGCCGUUAUGCUAACGCACAAUUCACACAACUCAUCGAGCACUGACAAUACGGAAACAUCGACCUCGGGUAGUGCUUCGAGUCCUUCGAAGAGUUUGAAGACAUCGUCGAGCUUAAGUCCGGCCAAGCGUAGUGGUUCCGAGAGUCCUAAAAAUACGAAAGCGCGUGCUCACCAACUGCACCUAUCCACUGCACAACUCACCAACACAAACACCAACACCAAUAACAAACACAACAAUCAUUACAACACAAUGCACUCCUACAACCAAACGAAUCAUACACAUCACUUGGGUCCCUAUACCAAUACACAAACCCUACCCUUACAAACUCAGAACAACAACACCGCCAAAUCCACCUACUUCAGCACCAACAACCACUCACACACGUUUACCAACAAUCAUCUACGUCUCCCCCACAUGCGUGGAACAGUAAUUUCAGAUAUUUCCUUUGAAUCAGGCCUAUCGGAUGACUAUGCUCUGCCACCGGAUGCGGUGUCAGAGUCCACGUGCAUGGAUGCUUCUAUGCCGUCGCUUUUGAUGCGACAAUCCUAUGUGGAUUCGCCGAGCAAGAAGAUCGAGUCACUGGAGAAGAUGGGUCACCUCGCCAAACUCGGUGGCAAAUUGAAGACAUGGCGCAAGCGUUGGUUCGUGCUUAAGAAUGGCACACUCACCUAUUGGAAGAGUCAACAUGAUGUGAAUCGCAAGCCGCAGGGUCAGAUAAUGCUAGACGAAGCGUGUCGCAUAAAUCGCGCUGAAGGUGCUUCCACUUUUGAGAUUGAUACGGGUAAGAAGGUCUACUACCUCACCGCCGACUCGAAUGCCACGAUGGACGAUUGGAUACGCGUACUGCAGAAUGUGCAGCGGCGCAAUGCAACCAAACUGCUGCUGAGUCGUGACGAUCAGAAACCCACCGUACAGGGUUGGGUCACUAAAGUGAAGAAUGGGCAUGCGAAGAAGUGUUGGUGUGUGUUGUUGGGUAAAAUGUUCCUCUACUUCAAGGCGCCGGGCGAAACGAAUCCGCUCGGUCAAAUUAAUAUGCGUGAUGCGCGCGUCGAAGAGGUCGAACAUGUUUCCGAUUCCGAUUCGGAGGAACGUGAAGAUCCUACACAAAGCCAAGCACGUCUUACCGUCGCCAUUUAUCCUGCACAUCAAGGGCCUACAUACCUUAUAUUACCCGGCAAGCAGGAACGUGAUAAUUGGUUAUACCAUUUGACUGUGGUGUCGGGUGGUGGACCGAAUGCGGGCACACAAUACGAGCAACUCGUACAGAAACUUAUGGAGACUGAUGGAGAUCCCAAUUGUGUUCUAUGGCGCCAUCCAAUAUUAUUGCAUACCAAAGACGCCAUCACAUCACCGCUUACCUCGCUACACUCGGAAGCCAUGCAACCAGAAGCUAUUAAACUAUUUAAGAGUAUUCAACUAUUCAUGUCAGUUGCCGUCAAUCAACCUGGCAUCGAUUAUCAUGUCGUUUUGGCACAAAAUGCCCUACAACACUGCCUGGACAUGCCCGAAUUGCAAACGGAAAUGAUUGGCAUUCUUGUAAAGCAAACAUCACGGCACACGGGCCAAAAACUGAGUGUCGGCGUCCAGGUAAACAAGAAACUGGGCAAGCAAACGCGCCAACUACUAUUGUGCGCCACGCAGAGUCUAUUCACUUGUGAUACACAACAAGGUGGCGCCGCGCAGGCCAAUGGCAGUUCACCAACAUCCAUACAGGCACCUGCACCACCACCCAUCAUCGAUUGCAAAUCAAAUCCACCUGCCUAUUCGUUCGUCCAAGGCUGGCAACUACUCUCGCUGGCCGUAUCGCUUUUUGUACCCAAAUCAAGUCGUCUUUUGUGGUAUUUGAAGUUACAUCUGUCACGUAAUGCGGACACGAAGACCGAGACUGGCAAGUAUGCUGCUUAUUGUGAACGCGCUUUGGAGCGGACGUUGAAAAAUGGCGGUCGCGAGACAAAACCCUCACGCAUGGAAGUGCUGUCCAUAUUGCUGAAGAAUCCAUAUCAUCACUCACUGCCACACGCCAUACCGGUGCAUAUGAUGAACACCACUUAUCAGGUCGUCUCCUUCGACGGCUCGACGACGAUCGAGGAGUUCCAGACCACACUCGCGCAGGAGAUUGGCACACGCGACGCUACAAAUGGUUUCUGCCUCUUCAGCGACGAUCCAAUUGAAAAAGAUCUCGAACACUAUCUCGAUCCGCUUGCUAAACUCUGCGACGUCAUCUCCAAGUGGGAGACUGCCUUGCGCGAAAAAGGCUCUGGCAAAUUUGAAAAUACACGCGUCAUCCAAUUGACCUACAAGAAUCGCCUGUACUGGCGACACACCGUCAAAUUUGAAACUGACAAGGAACGUCUCCUAUUUUGCUACCAAACGAACUCACAAAUAGUGCAAGGACGUUUUCCGUUGUCGCGUGAUCUUGCGCUCGAGUUGGCUUCGCUGAUGUCACAAAUCGACAUGGGCGACUACUCGCACGAAAAAUCGCGCGGCACGGGUAGCAAUGUGGGGCUGAAAGCGCUCGAUAAAUUCUAUCCUUAUCGCUAUCGUGAUGCACUCAGUGCCGAGCAGCUGAAGGAGGUGCAAGAGCUGCUCAUUUCGAAAUGGAUGCUGCUGAAGGGACGUUCGACACUCGACUGUGUGCGCAUCUAUCUGACUUGCUGUCGCAAAUGGCCCUACUUUGGCGCCAGUCUCUUCCAAGCCAAGCCGCGUCACUCCGAUCAGGCCAUGGCAUGGCUAGCAAUCUCCGAGGAUGCGCUCAACGUGCUCGAACUCAGCUCGAUGACACCGAUAGCGCGUUACCCUUACACGUCGGUUAUGACUUUUGGUGGCUGUCAAGAUGACUUCAUGCUGGUCGUCUCGAGCGAGGAUACGCUGGCCGCAUGCGGCCAACAGGAGCAGAAAUUAAUCUUCGCCAUGAGCAAGCCAAAGAUACUCGAAAUUACGCUGCUGAUCGCGGACUACAUGAAUGCACUCGGACACACAGUGCCUGGCACGCCACAAAUGAAUACACUUACCCGUAAUGGGUCACAUCGUUCGUUGCGCACGCGACCAGCUGGUGGCACAGGUACCGGCACUGCAACGGGCACCGGUACCGGUACUGGGCUGGGUGGUUGCGGCACUACCACCGCCGGUAUGUCGACCAAUGCCACCACAACGGCGCACAAUACACUCAAUUCGCAUGCCACGCACACGCUUAAUUCAACACACUCACAUACGCUAAGCUCGUCGCAUUACAGUGGUGGCGCCACGCAUACAUUAGGCGGCGGCAGUCAUCAGGGCACCAUGAGCUCCUCCCACGGACACGGGCACCAUCAUCAGCCGGACAUAUUGAAGAGUACGCCAGAUCAUCAGCGCAUAAAGUAGAGAGGUUGAGAGAGUGGGUGUAUGUACAUAAAAAAAAUGGUAUGUGUAGAAAGUAAGCAAUUUAUCAACGACAUAAGCUAUGUUAAGCUUGCGAGACAUCUACAUUUUUAGCAAGUUGCAGAUUAAACAAAGAGCUGGUUUGCUGCUUAGCCUCUUACUAUCCCCUUUUAGCGAUUAGGUAAUUAAUACCCAGCUUGAACCAGGUUUCGAUAGCGAACAAUAUAUUCCACCUAAACACUCCAGAACGAUCCAUCCAUUUCAAGUAGAUUUCCAUAAUACCAUUUUUAUUUCCUAAAAGAUAUAUCCCGUUAGCUUUAGGCUAAGCUCUUACUGUAGUGUGUGGUGUAGCUAUUUUUCAUACAUACAAAUGUAUUCACAAUUCUCCAAACUCUUAAAAAGCCCCGUUUCCUGACCCUGGCGAACAGUCAGUUAAAAUAUGGGAGACAUUUUGUUUAUUGGAAAUUUCUUCCAGAUCGCUGAUCAAUGAACGUAAGUCUUCUUAAAUCAGGAACUUGUUUUAGGAGUCAUCAGAUCGUAAUCGAGGAAACAAGGCUUUACUAAGGGAAGGUUCCAUAGAAAAAGAUAAGUAGAUAACAGUCGGUUCUACACGCCGCAAAGUCUCCGCUUUUACGCAAACAAGAACUUAUUUUUCUACGUAAAAGGAAUUAUUUUUCAUGGAUUGAACUCCACGAGGUGUAGAUUGCAUACUUAGAUAUUUUUCUCCUCAAAAAUACCCUUGUGGUCAGCUGAUUGAGGCAAGUGACAUUUUGACUAGUUUUGGCUAUAUUUCUUUUGUUUAUU